AUGAUUUUGAAAGGGCGUGCAAGUAAAACCGAACAGAAAAAAGCUGUACAACGUAUGGCUGCUUUAGGUGAACAACUCGCAGAGUUGUCGAAGAAACAAAUUGAAUCUUUACCUGUUGAAGAUCGGUUGAUUGAGGCUUUGCUUGAUGUGCAAUUGAUCACAUCUUUUGAAGCACGUCGCCGUCAAUUUCAACGGAUUGGUAAGCUUUUGCGUAAUGAAGAUGAAGCCAUCAUUUUGUCUUAUUUAACCCCUAAACAAGGGAUUAAAAAGUUGGCGCAAUUGGAUCGUUGGGUUGAUCGAAUGAUUGAACAGCGUGAUCCUGCAAUUAAAGAAUUCUGUAAAUCUUACAAUGCUGCAGAAAGUCAUUCUUUACGUCAGCAUGUAUUGCGUAUUCAUCGGGAUAUCACCCGCCAAGCCACUGCUGAAGAAUUAGCGGCUUCUAAACUUAAGUUAUUAAAUUAUGCCCAACAAGUGGCUUUGAUUUCGGAUAAUUCCAAGUAA